UCUCCUUCCAUUUCAGUCCCAACAUCCACCGCGGUAUUCACUCUCUCCUCCGAGCAAGAUGGCGGACAGGAUAGUUCCCGUGGGUGAGAAGCGUCUGAUGGAUGUGAAGCUGGGAGAGCUGGGCUCGUGGCUGGGCAAGAGGGACUUCACUCCCAACGGAGUCCUCGCCAGCAUCCGCAAUGGUCAUGACAGAUAUUACAACAAGUACAUCAACGUGAAGAAGGGAGGUAUUGGAGGCGUGGCCAUGCUGCUGGUUGGAUACGUGGCCCUCAGCUACAUGUGGGAGUUCAACCACCCUCAGUAA